AUGAACCACCACGACCCUCCCGACACCACGCCAUGGCUGCGGCGCCGUAACCCCUCGCCGUCAGCAACCAGACCCUCUCCACCCGGCACGCUGAGCCCCGUUCCCAACCCACCGCCAGCCCACUUACCCCUCCGACCACACCCCCCACCGCCACCCGACGCGCACCAGCACGGCUGGGGUCCUCGCGCGCCCAUCCCGCCUCGCCAGCAGCAGCCGAUCCCGGAGUACACGCUCUCCGCGCACGCGGACGUCACGGCCUUCCUCCUCGGCAUGCCGGGGACCGAUGCGCCAUGGUACUUGGUCCAGGCGAGCCGCUACACGCCCAAGCGUACCGCUGCUGCUUGA